CUUCCGGAUAAUAUUGUCACUUCCUCCAUUGCGAAAUUGAGCAUAAUAUUUUUAUAAUUUUGUUAAAAUUGACAAUAUAAUUAAACUAAAAUAAUUAAAUUAAUAUGACAAAAUCGUUUGAAGGAUGAACAUAAUUUGCUCUGAGUUUUGCGGGGUUAGUAGACUCGAUGGAAUACCGCAGCGUCGUGUAUAAUGCAGCGAGAGACGGUAAAGUGGGUCGCCUUCGGAUUUAUCUUGACAAGAAAAACGGGGACGAGGUGAAGAAGCUGAUACAGGCAAAAACCAAUGGGGCGACCCCUUUGAUAAUGGGUUGCCGAAAUGGGCACCUUGAAGUUGUGAAGUAUCUCAGUGAACACUGCAACGCUGAUAUAGAGCAGGUCGGUUCGGUCACUUUCGAUGGGGAGACGAUCGAAGGUGCUCCACCCCUCUGGUGUGCCGCCGCAGCAGGGCACCACUCAAUUGUAAAAUAUUUAGUAAACAAAGGAUGUGGUGUCAACAAAACAACAUUUACUAAUUCGACACCUCUUAGAGCAGCUUGCUUCGAUGGGCACACAGAAAUCGUGAAAUACCUUGUUGAACAUGGGGCUGACAUUGAGAUUGCUAAUCGCCAUGGACAUACGUGUUUGAUGAUUUCCUGCUACAAAGGACACAGGGACAUAGCAGAGUAUUUGCUUAACACUGGUGCCGAUGUCAAUCGAAAAAGUGUUAAAGGCAAUACAGCUCUCCAUGACUGUGCUGAAUCGGGAAGCCUUGACAUCAUGAAGCUGCUGCUUGACCGCGGGGCAGUGAUGGAGCAGGACGCUUACGGGAUGUCUCCGCUCCUCGCGGCCGCGGUGGCAGGCUUCACGAAGAUCGUCGAGUUCCUUAUUGCUUGCCCGGAGUGCGGCAAGGCCGAGAAAGCCGACGGGUUGGAACUACUCGGUGCGACCUACGUGGACAAGAAACGCGACAUGCUUGGUGCGAUCCGCAUGUGGCGACUGGCCAUGGAGGAGCGGUACAGCGACAAGAACAACCUGCUCCUGAAACCGUCGACCCAGUCGCUGAUAUCUGCUUACGAAAACACCGUCGAGGUGACCUCGUUUGACGAACUCGAUGAUCUAAUCUCCGAUCCCGAUGACAUGCGGAUGCAGGCACUGCUCGUGCGUGAGCGCAUCCUGGGCCCUGCCCAUCCGGACACGUCGUACUACAUCCGCUACCGUGGUGCUCUGUAUGCCGACAUGGGCAACUUCGAGCGUUGCGUGACGUUGUGGAUGUAUGCGCUGGACAUGCAGCAGCGAGUUCUCGAGGCUCUGAACCCAAUGACCCAGAGCAGCUUUUUGUCAUUCGCAGAGCUCUUCUCGUUCAUGACCACGGAGUGGCGGUCCCGUCCGCCUCACCCCGUCAGCUUCAAGGACAUCAUGGAGGUCCUGGUGCGGGCCAUCGUCGAGCUGAAGAAGGGCAGCGGGAUCCUGGAGAAAAACUCACCGGCCGACCGCGACGUGACACACUUCCACCGCCUGCUGGUGAUAAUCAUGCACAUUCUCUGCCUCAUGUGCCGGCUGCAGCCCCAGCUGGGCUCGGACCAGGAUCAGCUCUUCAAGCAGAUGGUCUACAACUUCGUCCACCUCAGCCCGCGCGGCACCAAAGGCUUCACCCCUCUCCACCUCGCGUGUGCCAAAGAGACGACCAACGUGGGGCGUUACCCGGUUUGCAACUUCCCGUCGAACGAUGUCGUGCAGCUCCUGGUGGAGGUGGGAGCCUCAGUGAACGUGGUCGACGUUGAUGGGAACAGUCCGCUCCACGUAGCGGCGGAGAACCUACAGACCACGCCUAACAACCGUCCAUGUCGCUUGGAGAUCUUCAAGACCCUGUUAAGCUCAGGCGCACACAUCGACCGCUGCAACGAGAACCGGAAGACGCCCAUGCAGCUCAUCCAAGGCAUGACUGUGAGCGAUGUCGUGCCACCCUUGUCCUAUUUGACACUUCAGUGCCUGGCGGCCAGGAAAGUGAUGAAGCACAAGAUCAAAUACAGAGGCGUCGUUCCCAAGAAGCUUGAGGAUUUUAUAGAGAUGCAUUAAAUGCAGUGGAAUGUUUAAAACAAAACUAGUGUGUGUACAUAUUAUACCUAUGUAUAUAUAUAUAUAUAUAAUUUAAAUGUGAGUGGAAUGAAUAUGACAUUUUUCGUUCCUUUGUAUAAACCUACUGUAGGAGUGGUGAACAUUAUAAACAGAAUAUCUUUGUGGAAACUUGUGCUGAUUUAAAUACUGACAUGCAGGACUGGAUCUAAUAAGACUGACAGGGGUUCAAAAUGAUGGCUUUUUUUUCUUUCUGUUUUUUCUUUUGAUUAAAGAACUGACAUUUUUAA